AUUGAUUGUUUACAUAAAGGCCGCCAUUUUAAGUAGUUGAUCGAUGAUUUCACAAUACAGACUGACAUGGUUAGUAAUAUAUAGUAUUGUGAUAUUCACCACCACCUGUUACUUGUAUUGGCAGUAAGAGAAAAAGUAAAAGAAGGAGGCAGGAACAGGUCAAGGAAAUAUAUAUACCUUUGUGAGGUGAUAAUGAUGUCUGACACCAGCCUAUAUGUGUGCAUAUUAGCUUGGAUGUGUGGUGUAUUGCUGCACGGAGCUCAUGGCUCUACUUAUUACACGGAAAAUUCGUAUGACUGCGGUAAAACGCACGAUGUGUAUACUAGCACAACAAAGCUGCAGGCUUGGAAACCCUCUUUAUUGAAGAGCAGCCCUCCAUCCAGAUGCGUCAUGUAUUUUGACAGCGGCAAAGAUGAGGUUGCCGUUAGGGUGGAAUUCACAUCGGUUCGUUUACCCUGCUCCACUCCCGUCACUUUAAGUGUCUAUGAUUGGCGUAGCACACAUCCCGACAAGCUUUUAAAAUCAUUGUCCUGUACCCCUGACAAACCCGAUGACAUAUACUCCGAGAGUCGCUACUUGACAGUUGAGCUCAACGCCACAGUGAACAGCACCGACUAUGACUUCGACAUGGAACUUUGGAUGAAAGUUGCGCCAGGUGACGACCACGACCGCGGUCAAGUAAACGCGGGUUAUGGACCUCCACCGUCAUAUGGCGAGUUGACAGGCCAAGAACAAGAAAAUCAAGGAGCAAAACCGUUGUAUGCGAACCCGAAGUUCCAGAACGUGUCGUAUCCCCGUCAACAGUGUGUGCCUUACGUGUACUCCCAGCCGCCACAAGCUCAGCCGAACCCUCCUUCCUAG